CAGAGAGCCUGCCGGAGACAGGCUCAAUGUGUACUCUGAGGACAGGACACACACACACUCUGGAUACUAACUUUGGAUAGAGGCUGCUGCAGCGCGCACAAUUUGGAUUGUAUUCUCCCAAGAGUUUGAGGCCUGACGUCACCAUGCUGCCGUACUUCCUGCUCCUCUGCCUCUCCGCUGGUCUGGUGGUAUCCUACGAAUGCCCGGCUGACUGUUCCUGCCAGGGCCAGGCCUCUAUCUUCUGCAUUCAACGGCGCUCCAAUAUCAUGCCUCAUAUCCCCACCUCCAUCCUAAACCUGUACGUCUUCCACAACGGCAUCAACACUUUGUCCCAAGAGGAGUUCAAAGGCCUGGGGGAGAUGGAGCUUCUAGAUCUAAGCCAGAAUGAGCUGGUGGAAAUUCCAGACGGUGUGUUCGAGAUGCUGUCCAAGCUGAAGAACUUAGACCUGUCCUCAAACCAGAUCACACACAUCUCCAAAGACAGUUUCUCUGGGUUGGUCCAGCUGGAGAGGCUGUAUCUUUAUGCCAACCGCAUUCAGAGCAUCCAUUCGGAAGCUUUCGCCGGUUUACAGAUGCUGCUGGAACUCAAGCUCCAACAAAACCAGCUCACUUCUCUGCCAUCCCUUCAGUUCCCCAGACUUCUGCUUCUAGACCUCAGUCACAACACCAUCCCAACCCUGGGACCCUCAGACCUGCAGACCCCGCACCUGGAGGCCCUUAAGGUGUCUUCUCUGGGGCUCACCUCAGUGGAUAAGGAUCUCAUAGCCUCUCUGGGAAACCUACAUGAGCUCGACAUCUCCACAAACCAGUUAACUGAGGUGCCAGCAGCCCUGCAGCAGGACUCCCUCAAGGGGCUGAUCAAGCUCAGCCUGGCUGCCAACCCAUUGGGCGAGCUGAGGGUGGAGCACUUCCAGAAGCUGAUCGGAAUUCAAGAGCUCGAUCUCAGUGGUCUUAACCUCCAGGGAUUUUCUGAGAGUUUUUUCCAGACCUUCCCCAGGCUGGUGCACCUAACAGCAGCUGAGAACCCCUUUAACUGCUUGUGUCCACUAGCCUGGUUCCCCGUCUGGCUUAAGGAGAAGAAUGUGAACCUUGGGCGUCCUGAGGAAACCAGAUGUCACUUCCCUCUGGUUAAUGCCGGGAAGAUGCUUUCAGCGCUGGAGCACAAAGAUUUUGGGUGUCCCCCUUCUACAACAGUGCUGAUCGACUCCCCCAUUGGAAGUACUCCUGUUCCCCAGCUGUCCACCAAAUCUCCAGAUAGCAUCCAUACCAACGCCAUACCGCCCCCUCCUCCACCCAGUGAGGCCACCAUCUCCAUAAAAACAGACCGCCCCCGUUCCCCAGAACCUCCAGUCUCUCCGAGCUCCUCCAGCGGAGAGGUAGGGGAGCACAUCUGCCCACCAAACAUCUGCCUCAAUGGGGGCACUUGUAAUUUCGACCCAUUAGGUCAACUCAGCUGUUUGUGUCCGUCAGGAACGUCUGGCCUCUACUGUGAGAAUGUGGAGGAGGUUCCUGAGCCCCAGAAACCUUCAGUAACAGAGGUCUUCUUAGUGGCCCCUGUGAUUCCACCUGAACUGGAUGCUAUCAGCUCACGUCAGGUCACCUCCACAUCUAUCCUUCUGGACCUGCACCGAUUCAUCGAGACAAAACCACACAUCAGGGGAAUCAGGCUGACCUACCGUAACCUCUCAGGGCCUGACCGCCGCCCCAUAAUCCUUAGUGUACCGGCAUCCUACCCUGAGUACACUUUGCGAGGUUUGCUACCCAACUGUACCUACUCAGUCUGUGCUAGUCCCCUCGAGGAACGAAUCAGCUCCAGGACCAACAGCUCUGUAGAAACCGGCUCGUGUACGGAGGCUCGCACUGAAGGGAUACUGCUGACAUCUACGGAGUCCAGCGUGGAGACCCAGAGCCCGCUGACGUACACCCUCAUCCCCGCUGUUGCUGCACUGGUGCUGGUGCUCGUGUUGGCCAUGGUGGCCGGGAUGAUCAUCUACGUCCGAAAGACGAGGAAGGCCAAGGCGGGAAUGGAGCUGGAGCUGGGCCCGGCAGAUCCUGAUCCCAUGGAACUGGAGGGGACCAAGGCCUGCCUGGAGAACGGGGGAAAUGGUACACUAACCUAUAAACAAACUGAGAUUGACCGAUGUCAAACUCCUCAGCCACCUCCAUCCUUGCAACAAAAUGGGGGUUUAGACGUUGAAGUUCCCUUAAUGCAAGGACACUGCCCGGCAAAUAACAACAUAGCCUCAUUAAAGCCGUCCUACUUCUAGUAUCCAAUAAAAUGCAAACACUUGGAAAGAUUUAGGAGGGACUCAAACUGAGGGAUCCUGCUACAGAGCUCACUUAGUGGUUAAAGACAAUCUGAUUUUCAUUCCAAUUUCAGAUAUCCAUGAUUCCUAGCCUUCACUGUCCAGAUUAUCAUACCACAAACUGGUUCGUCGAUCUCUUGAGAUACUGAAUGAUGAAUUGAAGAAUAAAGCAUGUUAGAAGUGUGCUUAACCACUGUGGGACUGUGAUGCGGUCUACAGUCAUCGAGCAGACCUGACCAAGUGAUUCAACUGAGUGCAAUCAACUAGAAGGGUGUUAGUAGCAGACAGAAACAGAAGUGCCUUUUUGCAUCGACGCAUCUGUAACCAGUGGAUUUUCUCUUUGCUUGAAUGAAAGAAACUAUACAUGUGAAUGAGCUGUAAUCCUUCUUGCUGGAUUUGGGAGAAAAGUGCCCCGGAGUUUGGGCUGCAGAGCUGCAGGAAGUGACAGUGGUUUGAAUAAUGACAGAGAUGCAGAGACCGAACAUCCCAGGAAAAAGAGUUCACCAACUGCUCCAUGGGGAUUAUAAAAAGAUUUGCACUGAAAAGAAAUCCUUCUUUUCCUUUGUAGUGUCCACAAGACUGAUGAUGGUCACGUAAAGAAAUGCAAUAACGCAGAAUGUUGAGUUUGCCGUGAAAAGCGGUCUAACGUUUGUAGCUGUAGACCUUCUCAGAUCCAACACAACUUUAAGUUCGAGCAGGCGGUCAGUGUCUCCUCUCCACACGUCCUGAGGUGGUGUCUUUGGGAGACGAGUUUGCUGUGAAUGAUAAAUGGACUGAACGAGGAGCCAUUAGAAAAGGCCUUUGCCUGCAUCGCACUGUGACUGGAGGAUGUUUUGUGUCGCUUAUAUCAUGAUACCCUGUUUCUGUUUUGUGUUGUUUGCAUUUUGAAUGGUGUUUUAUGCUGUCCAUUCAGUAUUGCUGUGGUUGUGAGUUAAAACGUUACUAAUUGUUCCCCCUUGAAAAAGCCUGCUAGUCAUCAUGGAUUCUUUCAUUUUGUAUUUGCAUCUUAGGGAAACUAAAGCACUAAAAUAAACUAACAUUAAUCACAUGUAUACUAAAAAACAUUAACUUCAAGAUACAAUCUGAACACAAGUCAUCUUUACAUCAUGUAUAGAAGUUGUUAACUCCCGUGUGUGAGUCACUUUGGUUUUCUGUGCUGCGUAAGAGACGCCUCGGACUGCUUUAGACUGAGCUCCUAAAUGUGUUCAAAGGCCUUCACCGCAGAAGCCACUCCUAUAAAGCUGCAGACGCGUGCCGAGAGAAGAAAGCAAAUUCUAAGAGCUGCGAGUGUGACUGAGUUUAGGCUGGGUUGUUUCUGAGAUAUGGUCUAGACGUUUGUUCUCACCCCCCCUCGCCGCCUCCUAACCAGCACUGGGAUUACUGCCUCGUGUGUUUGGAUCUUUGCUUGUUUACAGCCAAACCAGACUGUGAAUGCUCAGUGUUUCGUUCUGCUGCUGCGAACCUCACUAGAUUUUAGUGCUUUCUUUAGACAAAGAAUCUUAAAUUGCAAAAAAAAAGAAGGUUUAAAGCGAUGUGUCUUAUCAACGUUACUGACAUCUUUUAUUGUCCAGUUACAUGCUGAAGUUUAUUUCUACUACUAAAGCACGGUGGCCGACAGGUGCAACACAUCUCAACGGCCCAAAACAUUUCCAUUUGGAGAUCUGCCCUGUCAAAAAAUAUGUAAAUAUUAAAACACAAAUGUUCCAAAACUCCUGCAGAAACAUCUGCAGCAGCUCUUCAACUCAUGCAGCAUCUAGAGAACAUUCAGCAGAGGAAACAUGAGCAGGGGACACUAAAGAGAGACGCACACAGCUGGAGACCAGGGGACACUAAAGAGAGACGCACACAGCUGGAGACCAGGGGACACUAAACAGAGACGCACACAGCUGGAGACCAGGGGACACUAAAGAGAGACACACGCAGCUGGUGACCAGGGGACACUAAAGAGAGACGCACACAGCUGGAGACCAGGGGACACUAAAGAGAGACGCACACAGCUGGAGACCAGGGGACACUAAAGAGAGACGCACACAGCUGGAGACCAGGGGACACUAAAGAGAGACGCACACAGCUGGAGACCAGGGGACACUAAAGAGAGACGCACACAGCUGGAGACCAGGGGACACUAAAGAGAGACGCACACAGCUGGAGACCAGGGGACACUCAGCGCUUUCAGUAAACGCUGCUCAUGUUUCCUGAAGCUGCUGAAGACGUUUCUUCAUUUCUUUCUGUAUGAAAUUGUUUUUCAAACUGCAGUUUCACAACUAUUUUAACUCCUGCAAAUGUUUGGGCGUGUUUGCACCCGUCGGCCACCAGCCUUUUCACUAGUGACAGAAUCUUAAAUUGCAAAAUAAGUACAACAGGUUUACAGAGACUUUACAGAGACAUCACUGACAUCUUGUAGCGUGACACGCUGAGGACGUGCAUCCCCAGAACAAAAGGGCCUUCCACAUUACAUCACAGACAAAGUGAGCAACACUAAAUGUACUCCAAUCCUAGAACGAUGUGCUUGGCUUUUGGUUCUAAAGUAACUGCAGGGAGUGUGUGAGUGUGUGUGUGUGUGUGUGUGUGUGUGUGUGUGUGUGUGUGUGUGUGUGUGUGUGUUCCACUAUUUUGUCUGCUUUAUAAUUGAGUCCAUGCACUACGCUCCAGCCCGGUCCAACAUCCACUCCUCAUUCUUCUUCUUCUUCCCGCUCUCUGUCAGUAUUCCAGUGCAAACACAGACACUCGUAUAUCUUCUCUCCCUCGCUCCAUAUCAACUGGAACUCUUUGUAUUGCUUUGGACAUUUAGAGGAACAGGAAAUGUCUGAAAUAUCUUCAACAGAUCCUUCCCUGUUUAUUGAGGGAACCGUUUCUUUGUAUUCUUGUGUUUUUCUUAAUUGCCGACCGAGCAGUGCUGAGAAAAAGAGCAGUAUUAAAAACGAGUGUA